AUGUUAUAUUAUAUUUUAACAGAAGUACAAUGCAAGGAGAAAUGGAAAAAUCUACGAACAGCUUUUGCACGAAGCAUGAAAAAACCCCCGUCAGGAAGUGCUGCCAAUAACAAAAGAUCUAAAGACUAUUAUUUGAAAGAUGUCAUGCAGUUUAUUCUUCCGUUCAUGAAGGUUAAGUCUCAAAGUAGCAAUUUAAAAGAUACCGAAGAUAAGGACGAGCAAAAUAGUGACACUGAUAUUGUAGAUACAGAUAUUAAUCAAGACAAUAGCGAUGUAUCUUUACACGAUGAAACACAAUCUACAUCAAAAGAAAGUUAUAAAAAAAGGAAUCUAGAUGUGUCACAAGAUAAAUUUAAUACAUCGACGGAUGAGGUUGAUAAGUGCGUCAUUGAUUAUAUUACUUCAAAAAAAGAUUCUCAGACAAACAAAAAUAAUAGCGAUCUUGAUUUUUUCAAAAGCUUAUUACCUGAUAUAUCUAAAAUGACAGAUUAUCAAAAAAGACAGUUUAAGAGAAGAACACUUGAUACUAUAGAUUCAAUUUUGGACGAUUCGCCAACACAGAACACUAUUUCAUAUGUUCAACGACCUUUAUCCAGCUAUUCCGGAAGUUCAUAUUCAGCACUGAGUCCUGAGCCACUCGUGGGGACGGUCGGAUUUCAACAGUUGGGAAAUUUUCAGUCAGAAGACUACGAACGAAUUAAUAAUAAUCCGACAACAGUACAAAAUUACCUCCAUACAUUUACUGAAUAG